CACACACACACACACACACACACACACACACACUUAUGUCCCACCCCCCAACGGUCUUCAGAAGAUACAUGAACGGAGAAGAUUUGAAGUCACGUUCACAACCGAGAGAGAAAGAGGGGGGGAUACGGUAGACGGGUAGAAUGGAGAGACAACAACUGUAAAAAGAAAGUAGGCUACUUGGCAGGUCAAACUGGACAACAGACAGGUGUAACUGUUUUCAGGAUGACUGGUUACUUACAGUUUGUAAGAGUCUAACCAUUGUGAGAUGGUCAUGUAAAAGAAAAGACAAACCUCACAUUACUGUCACCACUGUAACCUGUCUGAAGUUGACGUCUAACUCGAUCAGAUGGCUGGGACACAAGCUGCUGUGCUUCCAUCCUUCAGCUCCUUCUCAAACUUUGUUCACUCUGAGGACAAUAUGAAGGAGUGGAAAUUUGAGGAUGGCGCUCUCAGUCUGGACUCUCAAACCAAGAGGAUGUCACCUGGCAACACCAGUGACCAGCAGCCAGUUCUUCCUCACCUGGACGAUGAAAGUGAAACCUCAUGGGACAUGGAGUUCUUGUUGUCUGACUGGAGCAGCCCAUCACCUGAGCUGAACCCCUCUCUGGACUACAACACUCAGUGUCUUCUUCAACCGGACCAAACUGGACUCUACCAUGAUGGAGGAGGGGUGUUGACGGACCAAAUAAGUCCAGACAGGCUUCAUACGGGCAGCAGUAGCCUGAUGGUUGAGCUGCUCACCCCCUUAGAGACCAUUGGUUCAGGCAUACCAGAACUUUACAACCAACAGGUUCGGUCAUCAUCAUCAUUAUCAUCAUUCCCCAUUCAACCAAACGUGGACCCGUAUGGUUUCAACCCCGGAAGCAACCAGGAGGGACAUGGCAGAGAUAGAGCCACUGCUGUCCUCACUAAGGCCAAAUCAUGGGACUUUGGAAUGGGACACUACUACCCCCAACAACACACUUCCAUGGUGACGUUUCAAGAUGGCAGAUUCCUCCAAGCCCCUGUCUCCAUGACAACCUCUAUGACCUCUGAAUUUCAAACCCACCACUACAGCUUCCUCCAAAACUACCCCCACCACCUGGGUCUAUGCCGCAGCCAGAGGGACUACAACCUCCAUGGCCACCACCACCAACAAGCCUCCUCCAACCACUUCCCCUACUCCCAGCACCAGCAGCCCCACCUAGCUAUCACCUCCUCAGGGGUUCCCCCUGGUGGCUUGGAGGGGAAGAACGGCCGCAGGACUGUGGCGAAGAAGAGAGCUGCUCUACACAGCUGUGAAUACUCAGGUUGUAGUAAGACCUAUACCAAGAGCUCCCACCUCAAGGCUCACCUCCGCACACACACAGGAGAGAAACCAUACCACUGUACGUGGGAGGGCUGUGGGUGGAAGUUUGCCCGUUCGGACGAGUUGACCCGUCACUACCGUAAACACACGGGUCAGAAACCCUACGUCUGUCUGCAGUGUCAGAGAGCCUUCUCCCGCUCAGACCACCUGGCCCUGCACAUGAAGAGACACACAUGAUGAGAGGAGUGGAGGAUGGGUAUGACUGGGGCUGUGUGAGAACAUACACACUAAUAUGUGUGUACCUGUAUACACACACUCUCAUUCUGGUUCUCAUUCUCUCUCUCUCUCUCUCUCUCUCUCUCUCUCUCUCUCUCUCUCUCUCUCUCGUCUCCUAUCUCUAUCUCUCUUUCUCUCACUCACACACUAAUCUAAUCAACACACACGCGGUGCACACGCAACUACUAGGCAGAGUAGGGUUAUCAUAGAUGAAGAGGAGACGUGACUCCUCAAAGACAUACAGUGGACACACACACGUUGUCCACACACUAUAAACAGCUAAAGUAACGAAGAGUCUUACAGUUACAGACUGACUUAACACUAAAAAUAAACAUUUACAUUUUAGUCAUUUAGGAGACGCACUUAUCCAGAGCAAUUUACAGUAAGAGUUAGGUGGGACAAUCACAUAUCACAGUCAUAGUAAGUUCUCUUUUUCUCAAUAAAGUAGUUAUCAGCAAUGUCAGAGAUAGAAAGGUGGGGGUGGAGUCAAGAGCAAGUGUUGGUUCAGGAUUUUGGGAUUUCUUUAAUGUUUCUUUGAGGGGGGGUGGGAUUGAGGUGAGGAGGGGGAUUAUUUAAAAUAGUCUUUGAAGAGGUAGGGUUUCAGAUGUUUUCUGAAGAUGGUUCCACCAUUGGGGUGCCAGGACAGAGAAGAGCUUUGACUGGGCUGAGGGGGAGCUGCCCUCCUGUAGGGGUGGGAGAGCCAAGAGACCAGAGGUGGCAGAACAGAGUACUCAGGUUGGGGUGUAGGGUUUGAGCCUAGCCUGAAGUUAGUGAGGGGCAGUUCCUCUUGCUGUUCUUGUAGUGGAGACGUCCAGUGGAAUGCAGUCUGAAAACUAGGUUAGAACAUUAGCACCCAAAAUGUACACAAAGUUCAAAGGUCAAUACAGGCUGUGUCACUGGGGAGUGUCAUUCUGGCUGAAACAUUGUAUAAGGAACUUCAUACAAAUAUGGGUUGUUUGCAAAAAUCCAACACUAUAUUUAUGGAUCUUAAUAUUUCCUGUAAAUUAUCUAAAGAUUAUUUUUUUUAUUAAGGCUAAGAUGUUUCUUGAAUUAAGGUUAAGAUUUGGUUAAGAUAUCAACUUUUCAUGUGGUAAAAGUUACUAGUUUCUUAAUUCCAUGGAGACAGAACCACAUUGAAAAUACACCAAGCAGAUCAGUUUUGUAAAAUUUCCAAUUGAAUAAAUGUAUUUAUUUGCAAGGCUUUUCAUAUUAAUAUAAUGCAUAACUUCAUACUUUUAUAUCACUUUGGUCAUUGAGUGCUUUAAACUUUUCUCAGAAGAUUUAUUUGUAUAAUUUGCUCAUUUUAAUUUGACUGCAUGAUUGAAUUGUUUCUAAUUUCUAAGUAAAAUGUAAGUUAAUUCAAUAAAUGUGUACACUUA